GGACUGCAGGGACGCCGGGCAUCGGUGGAAGAGGAUGUGAGAUCGAUGGCUGGUCCUGGGUGUCCCCGGACCUCCUAGGCCCCUUUCGGUCAGGUUAUGGGGUUCCAGAGCCAUCUGCACUGCUGGGGGACAACCCCCUCCUGUAGCUGAGCCAGAGUGGCGCUGUCUCCUGUGGACCGUGGGUUUGGCCAGCAGCGAUCCUUCUGGACGUGUCCGGCCUCGCCAUGGACCACCAAGAGCCCUACUCGGUGCAAGCCACCGCCGCCAUCGCGUCAGCCAUCACCUUCCUCAUCCUGUUCACCAUUUUCGGCAACGCACUGGUCAUUCUGGCUGUGUUGACCAGCCGCUCACUCCGUGCACCACAAAACCUGUUUCUGGUGUCACUGGCAGCCGCGGACAUCCUAGUAGCCACCCUUAUCAUCCCUUUCUCUCUGGCCAACGAGCUGCUAGGCUACUGGUACUUCUGGCGCACAUGGUGCGAGGUCUACCUGGCGCUGGAUGUGCUCUUCUGUACCUCCUCCAUCGUGCACCUGUGUGCCAUCAGUCUGGACCGAUACUGGGCAGUGAGCCGAGCACUGGAGUACAACUCCAAGCGCACCCCGCGCCGCAUCAAAUGCAUCAUCCUCACUGUGUGGCUCAUUGCAGCCGUCAUUUCUCUGCCGCCCCUCAUCUACAAGGGCGAUCAGCGCCCGGAGCCUCACGGACUCCCCCAGUGUGAGCUCAACCAAGAGGCCUGGUACAUCUUGGCUUCCAGCAUCGGAUCGUUCUUUGCUCCCUGCCUCAUCAUGAUCCUCGUCUACCUGCGAAUCUAUGUAAUUGCCAAACGCAGCCACUGCCGAGGUCUCAGGGCCAAGAGGGGCUCUGGGGAGGGUGAGUCCAAGCAGCCCCAUCCUGUCGCUGGGGGAGCUCCAACCUCAGCUAAGGUGCCAACCCUGGCCUCUCCUCUGUCUUCUGUGGGUGAGGCCAAUGGACACCCCAAACCUCCAAGGGAGGAGGAGGGGGAGACCCCUGAAGAUCCUGAGUCCAGGUCUUUGCCACCCAGCUGGUCUGCCCUUCCCAGAUCAGGCCAGGGCCAGAAGGAGGGCAUUGGUGGGGCAACAGCAGAGGAGGCAGCUGAAGAGGAGGAUGAAGAGGAGGUGGAAGAGUGCGAACCCCAAACACUGCCAGCAUCUCCUGCCUCGGUAUGCAGCCCACCCUUGCAGCAGCCUCAGGCUUCCCGAGUGUUGGCCACGCUCCGUGGCCAGGUGCUUCUGGGCAGGACUGUGGGUGCUGCCAGUGGGCAGUGGUGGCGACGCCGGGCACAGCUGAGCCGGGAGAAGAGGUUCACCUUUGUGCUGGCAGUGGUCAUUGGCGUUUUUGUUGUCUGCUGGUUUCCCUUCUUCUUCAGCUACAGCCUGGGGGCCAUCUGCCCACAGCGCUGCAAGGUACCGCAUGGCCUCUUCCAGUUCUUCUUCUGGAUCGGCUACUGCAACAGCUCCCUGAACCCUGUUAUCUACACCAUCUUCAACCAGGACUUCCGACGUGCCUUUCGAAGGAUCCUUUGCCGGCAGUGGACCCAGACUGCCUGGUGAGCCUGCCAGCUCGCUGCCUCUGCCCGGGUUGGUGCCAGGACCACCUGAUGGUUGUCCCCCCCCACCUAUGUGGCCACUUCCCUGGGGCCCACCUGCAGACCUCAUCCUCAGACCCCCCACCCCUCAAAGGGGAAAGGACAAAAGUGCCGUUCCCAGGGACCCAUUUGAAACCUUCCCUUGUUGACUGUACUGUGGGGUAGCUCUUCUCUACUUCCCUGAGCAAGGGUAGCUUGGAUCUUCCGGAAUGUAGCCAAGGCCAGACUGGAUUGGAGUACCUCCCCCUACCCUCACCCCCAGCUACCUGUAAGCCAACAGGUCAGGCUUCCCUUUCCUGGAGACCCCUGUGCCUUGGCAGGCCACUCACUUGUGGUAUUUUGUUUUUCUUGGAUGUGGGGGUUUGUUUUGUUUUAUAUUUUGAGAGAGGGGUCUUGAAUGCAGCCCAGGUCAUCCUGACUUGCAGUGCAGCCUGAGGAGGAUCUUGAAAUUCUGACCCUCCUGCCUUCUCCUCCCUCAUGCUAGGGUUACAGGUGUCUGGUUUAUGAGAUGCUGGGGGAAUUAAUUCAGAGCUUUGAGCAUGCUAGGCAAGCCAUCAACCAAUUGAAUUACAUCCCCAGCCUUGAUUCUUCCCCAUGCCUCUCAAAGAGCAGGAAGCCAGUCUUCUACAUUUCCCAGGAGGACUUGCUGCUGAGAAAGGGGACGACAUGAGGGGGAUCCACUCACGUAGAGCACCUGUGAUUCCCAUUGGUUACUGGGAUGGGGGGCUAUGGGCUAGUAUUGUUCUUUUAGAUUUGUGGCUCCUUUAAGGCUAAAACCUUGGAUUGGUUUUCUCACCCAGCAUCCCUCUGAGAGGCAAGUGGGCAUGAGGCUCUCUCAUUGGGGAGGUCUGGGAGCCUGGCCUGGCCUCAAUAGGAGCUCCGAUCACUGGCAUUCACCCUUGCAAAGAGCAGGGCGACAAUUGCUUGCCGCCUACUUGCAGCAGGGAGAUGAAAGGUUUUGCAGAGAGCUUUGAGCUCCAUGGGGGAAAGAGCUAGAGAGCCAGCGAAUGUGAUUAUCCGGUGAUAUAAAAAUCCCCUUCUAUGUGUUUACCUCCAGGAGCCUUCCUGUAGACCUUUGUUCUGCACUCGGGGUGUAUGCGUUCCUGCCCCAAACUGGAAGUGGGUUGAGGUGCCCGAGUCACUUUCAGAUUCCAGAAUUUCUUUGAGAACGCAUUCUUGUACCCGAAAAGGUUUGAGUUAUUAUGCCGGUGACAGCUUCUCCAUCUGUUACCUGUAACACGAACAGAGCCUGCAGUGGCUUGGCCCCAACCCCAUUAGGGGAUAAGUCCUUUGUCAUCGAGCAGGCAAAUCGUUUCCCUAAGCUAAAAAUAUUCACAUCAAGGAAACAGUCUGAGGAGAGAUCCUCAGGUGGGGUGCAGGGGCCGGAGCAGGCAGCCAGGGCCCUGCCGACUCUGGAAGAGCCACUUGCUCCAGGGUCCAGACGACUCUGUGCCCACCCCGUGUGGAGCCUUUGGAGGCCUAACUAAUUCCACCCCAGCCCAGAAAGAUGCCUUGUCGGCUGUUCAGAACCCUCACAGUGAAAUGGGCAAGCACUGUGGUGCCACUACCUCCUGACUGUCUUUUCAGAGUGACUGGGCAUCUACAAGGGAUGGGGCUGCUCUGCCUCCGUGGGCAGCCUGGCUUCUGCUUUGGGCAAUAGAACUCUUAGCCUCAGGGAGGGGUGGCUUGAGCCACACAGCCUAUUAGCUCACGAUGGAUGUCUCUGAUUCGGAAGGUACUCAAGGAGUUUUCUCUGGUAGAGACAAUGGUGGGUACCAAAUAGAAUCCCUACUGGAGAGGACGACUGUCCAGUUGUGAGGCCAGGACAUUGAUAUGGGGUGUAGCUGAGGGGCUGACUUGUAACCAUCUGCUGGUUGAUCUAGUCUGUGUAUGCUGUGGGACCCAAG